CCGUCCGAUCACACCCACUGCCACGUGUAACCCGAUCACAACCACUCACUUAACUUAAACAGUCUAUAUAACCACCACCUUCAACUUAAAUCACACUCCAAUUAAUUAACGCUCACAACUCACAAGAUCUCUCAAACUUCUGUAAUAAUUUGUCUGAUCUUCAACAAUGGCUCCGGCUGCAUCCGAUCUUAACAAGAUACCGGAUUCGGGUCCCAAAAAGAGGGCUUACGUCACGUUUUUAGCUGGAGAUGGUGAUUAUGUUAAAGGGGUUGUUGGUUUGGCUAAAGGUUUACGUAAGGUUAACUCCAAAUACCCGCUUGUUGUAGCGGUUCUUCCCGAUGUUCCGGUGGAGCACCGACGGAUUCUGGAGGCUCAAGGGUGUGUUGUGAGAGAGAUUGAACCGGUUUAUCCGCCGGAAAGUGAAACGCAGUUUGCGAUGGCGUAUUAUGUCAUUAAUUACUCCAAGCUACGUAUUUGGGAGUUUGUGGAGUAUGAGAAGAUGAUAUACCUUGACGGGGACAUUCAGGUGUUUGAUAACAUUGACCACCUGUUUGACUUGCCGGACGGCUACUUCUAUGCCGUUAUGGACUGUUUUUGCGAGAAGACAUGGAGUCAUACGCCACAGUAUAAGAUCGGGUAUUGCCAACAGUCGCCGGAGAAAGUCAAGUGGCCGGCAGAGAUGGGGCCGAAACCGUCGCUUUUCUUUAACGCGGGCAUGUUUGUGUUUGAACCCAGUAUCGACACCUGCCGUGAUUUGCUGAGCACCCUCAGGGUCACCCCUCCCACUCCUUUUGCCGAACAGGAUUUUCUGAACUUAUAUUUCAAGGAUAUUUACAAGCCACUUCCUUUGAUAUACAAUCUUGUUCUUGCAAUGCUAUGGCGGCAUCCGGAAAAUGUGGAUCUUGAACAAGUUAAAGUUGUUCAUUACUGUGCCGCAGGAUCGAAGCCAUGGCGAUAUACCGGUAAAGAAGAGAAUAUGCAAAGGGAAGACAUAAAGAUGCUUGUGAAGAAAUGGUGGGAUAUAUACAACGACAAAUCUUUGGAUUACAAGAAUCCUAAUGGUAACAUGGCGGUUCAUGUGACAGCUGCUGGAAACAAUGGCGAAAUGGUUCUACCAUCGGCAUUUACCGACCCGAAAGUGGUUGUUUGUGCACCCUCGGCUGCUUAAGGGAACAUCGGGCAUAGUUUGUUUUUGGUGUGUUAUAUUGUACGGUUUUGACUUUGUUUGGAGGUGGGUUCAUUCGACUUCUUGUGGAUUCCAUCGUGUAAUCUUCCAAAUAUAUAUAUAUAUGUGAAGUAGAUGUUCUCUUUUUUA